UUCCCCCAGCAGCCUGCCCGGAGCCUGCAGGUCCUGUGGGACAUUGCCUCGCUGCAUCGCUGCCAGUCCCGUGCCGGACCUCCGCGCGGGGCGCUGCAGGCAGCUGCCUGGGCCCGACAACACAGAGACAGCCGCGCGGAGGCCCGGAGAGCCGACGUGGGAGCCCCGAUGGCCUCGUCGUCGCCUACGCUACUCCCCGCCACCCGGGGCGCCAACUGGUCCAUGGAGGAGACGGGAGACCUCGUGGCACUGUGGGGCGAGGAGGACGUGCAGCGGCAGUUCGCGCUGGGCGGGCGCUCCAAUGUCCACGUCUAUGAGGGCCUGGCGUGCCGGAUGCGGGAGCGCGGCUAUGACCGGACAGCGCAGCAGUGCCGCAUAAAGGUAAAGGCCUUGCGGGCACAGUGGGUUUCCAUCUCUGACCACAAUCGUCGGUCGGGGAGUGCACGCAAAACCAUGCCCUUUAUGCGGCAACUGGACGCCAUCCUCACGCCCCGGGACCCAAGCUGCAUCCAUGCGCACAGCACGGGUAGCCUGGCCGAGCCCCCACCCCAGGCUGGCAUCCGUGGUGACGGGUCACCGGGGGAGGGACCCUCGGGGCGCCAGCAGCUUGUCCAGCCUGGCUCCCCAGCUGCAGCCUCCACCAGCAGCUCGGGGAGCCUGGCCCAGUGCCUGCCCCAACAGCUCCACAGCCUCAGCCCCAGCCAGGAGGCACAGCCAGCCAUGUCACCGCUGGCCAUCAGCAGUGCCAGCUCCUCCCCAGGAGGGGCCCCUAUCCAGGCGCCCGUACUCUGCGCCCCACCAUCCGACGAGUCUGCCGGAAGCCUCACGCUGUUGCUGCCAGCCAGGAUCCAGCCGAGCCGUCGGGUACACCAGCCCCGGCCACGUGGCCCUGCAGUUGCAUGUGGCGGAGAGGCUGCACGUGGCAACCAGGAUGUGGGUUCAGAGUCACCGCCGCCCACAGCCGGGGCCCUGCGGAUGCGCCGGCUCCGCCAAAGGAGGUCCCAGGACAGGACCCUCCGCCUGGACCGGCUGGUUACGGCAUCAGAGGACCGUCUGGUGGACACACGGGCCUGGCGGGUGGAGGAUGUGGCCCGCCAGGAGAGGUGGCGGGCGGAGGAUGUGGUUCGCCAGGACAGGUGGCGGGCGGAAGACAUGGCUCGCCAGGACGCAAGGGACCGGCGCGAGGAGGUGCGGGACCGGCGUGAGGAGGCGCGGGACCAGGCAGAACGGGAGUUUCGGACGCAGUUCCUCACCCUGGAGCGUGAGUGGGUGGAGGCCCUGCGGGAGCAGAGUGCAGUCCUGGGCAGGGCAGUGCAGGCCAUGGAGGAUAACCGCCGGGUGCUGGACACCCUGAUGGCCCUGGCAGUCGCCCUUGUGCCUCCUGCUGACCGGCCCCGAGCCCGGCCCCAGCCCCAGCCCCAGCCCUAGCCCCGCCUGCCCCCUGACAGUCACACACUGCCAAGCAGCAGGCCUCCCCAUGGGCCUGGGCAGAGGUCCAGCACCACCUCCAACAGUCAGGACCCCUGUCCCGGCCCCCGCCCCAGGUCCGCUACCACCCAGCCGCCAUGCCUGGGCCCAGGCCCACCACUCGCCCCAGCCCCACACAGGCCUGGAGCUGGAGCUGCUUGCAGCAGGGCCAGGACCGCAUGCCAGCCCUGCCGGCCCUGGCCAUCGGCUGCUGGAGAAGGAGCUGUCCAUGCCAGG